UCUGCCAUACUCGUCGUCGACGUACAGAAUGACUUCGUCAGCGGCAGUCUCGCCGUCCGCGAUACACAGCAGGUCAUCAGUCCCAUCAACGCACUCCUGAAGCUCCCAUUCGCCAUUAAAAUUGCCACCCAAGACUAUCACCCGGCCGACCACAUAUCCUUUGCGCGCAAUCAUGAGGGCAAGAAGGAAUUUGACAAUAUCGUCAUCUUCCCUCCCGCAGAGUCACUUGAAGGGCUAGAACAGGUGCUGUGGCCUGUUCAUUGCGUUCAGGACACUUUUGGGGUAGCAUUUGUGGACGGCCUGGAGCACGAGGACCUGGAGGUCGUCCGUAAAGGCUGCGAUGUCGGGAUCGAGUGCUAUUCUGCAUUCGAAGACCCGUGGGGACUCACGAACACUGGACUCAAGGGCAAGCCGAGGAACAGAGAGAUAUCAAAUGUUUUCGUGGUCGGCAUAGUGGGAGAUUAUUGCGUCAAGUCUACUGCACUUGAUGCAAAGAAAUACGGGUUC